UCACUGGUAGAGUGUGAAAAAUGUUGAACUGUUGCUCGAUCUGGAGAGCUCUUGAAAGCCAGAACAUGAGAGCACUCAAUAUGAGGAGCCAAAUAAAGCUUUAUCUCAUCAUCUGCUGCCUCUGCACUUUACCUCAAAGUUCGGGUCAUCCUUGGUCUUUCAAAUAUGAGUUUAAUGGUCUUUCUCCUUCAGAGAAACUGCCAUUUAUUUCUAAACAAUGGACAUCAGACAGCAACAAUGAAAAGAUGUCUAGUAUCCUGACAGAACUCUAUGAAUUAUUACAGUCUGGAAGUCAGAAACAUGUGCAAGAUGUUUACAAAAGGUUCUUGUUCCACUACUCUAAAGUUAAAGAUUCAAGGCAUCAACCUAAACCUGGGGCUUUUGCCUUGCAUCCCUUAAUGCACUUAGCUCCAAAGCUAACUGACAGAAAAAAGAAACAAUUCAAGGAACAGCUGCUCACUCUGGGACCAGUAGAAAGCAUUCGAUGAGUGCCUCAACACUAUUUCAUUUGAAAGAGGAGACACUUGAAUGUAGAAGAUCAGGUGAUCGGCAAUGCAUUCCUGAAAUGCUGUAAAAUUAUUUGCUAUUAAAUGUGUAUAUAUAGUAUAUAUAAAGUAAUGUAACUUGCAAUUGUCUCCUAAAUAUUUCUCUUUUAUUUAUUAUCAGUAGAGUCUUCAAUUUAUAUUUUU